CUGCUAAAUCGCGUUCGUGGCUGUGUCCUCUGGCUUUUCCCUGGUCAUACUUGUAAUUAAUCCGAUUUUAAUCGCGUCUAACAAACACUUGGUGUUUCGUGCUGUCAUUAUGGGAACGUCUGGAAGAUAUAGAUAUAAUAGUUAUAAAAAUGUGAUCGUCUAGAUUUUAUCUUUUGAGGAAUCUAACCUGUACUGCCCUGCAAUACUAAACAUAUUCGAUACUACGGCUUAUUUGGGAAACUCCCUUCACAGCUCAUGUUCUAUUUUUCUGUAUCAUGACAACUAUAAAGGUACAUGGUGGAAUCGAUAUCUUGAGGUUGCCGGUAAAUGAAGAGGUGCAUGUUUGUCCACCAUGGCAUAUCAAGUAUACGCAGUCUCACAUACUGCAUUCCAAAUGCUCCAAAAGUGAGAAUGGUUGUAGUAGCAAAGACAAGGAGGCCUGUCAGUUUUGUGUAUAUAAUAAUGCACUAGAGUUACCACAUAUGCCUGACAUGGUAUUUCCCAAUAAUGUAUUGAUUCUGAAGCAUCAGGAUGGAGCUUUGCUGCAAUUUAAUGCUUUGGAUGCUCUGAGACAUGUAUCUAAUGGAAAGAUCAGCGUACAACUAGCUUGUGCAGAAGCAUGGAAGGAAUCUAGAUCAAAUAGCAGUGAAUAUUUGGAAGAAAAAGUAAAACCUUUCGAUUGGACAUUCACUACCGAUUAUACUGGUACAACAUUUGGAUUUGAAGUUGAGGAGACAAAUGAGAGGAUUAAUAUGGAUAAAUUAAGACAGAAAGACAAGAUAUUGUUUUAUAAUGAUUUAACAUUAUUUGAGGAUGAACUUCAUGACAACGGUAUUGCUGUGAAUUCAGUAAAAAUUAGAGUCAUGCCGAAUAGUUUCUUUAUAUUGUUACGAUAUUUUUUGAGGAUUGAUAAUGUAAUGCUCAGGGUAAACGAUACUCGUAUUUACCACGAACUCGGCAAAAAUUACUUGUUACGCGAGUUCACAUCGCGGGAAGCUAAAGUUCAAGAUAUUCGGGUCUCCCCGGCGCUCUUUCUGGAACCGAGUGAAAUAGCGCCCCACUUGCCGUUGAUCGGAAGCCAAUAUCAUAAAUUGAUAAUACCUGAAAAAGAAGACGAAACUAAAUUAAAUGAAGAUGCGACCGAUUUCCAAGACACGCCCGCGGAAUCGCAGAAUAUAUCCGCGACCGAAGAGAAGCUAGUAGAAUCCAGUGAACACACAACGGACAACUCCAUCACUUAAGACUUUCGCGCUGAAAUUUCCGCAUUAAGUGAUAUUGUGCUCGCGAAGGAACAUUAACGAAGAACUCACUGUACAGAUCACACAUUAGUUUUCAUACUUUGUCCGUGACAAAAUACAGUCGAAAGAUCUAUAUUUACGCAUCGAAAAUAAAACGAAAAAUUUACAUCGCUUUUAUCUCGGACCGAUCGAUAUCAAGUUCUAUCAAAACCGAUCUCGGUCUUAUCACGCUUGCCAUUUUAGUAUUUGCAACUUUUUCUUCCUUUGAUUUUUUAUAAAUACUUUCCAAGGAAAAUUAUCCAUGUUGAUACGAACUUUGCGAUGUAAGCUUGGCGCAUCCAAAUUAUAGCUUCAUUCGUGAAGUAUAUACUCCCAUCGUGGAUUGAGAUGUUAUAAAAAAUAAUAAUUACGAAUAAAAAAUAAAGUGUACUUCCUACA